AUGUCUCUCGCUGCCGGUCCAGGCCGAGGUGGCGGCGCUCCGGCUGGUCAGGUGACCGACGAGCUGAAGCUGGUGACCGAGAAGCACGUCUCCUACAUCCAGAGUCUGGACACGGUCUGCCUCUCCAGAACGCUCCAUCGCCACGCGGAGACUGACGCUGACGGCACGGUAGCGCAGAGAUGAGCUCGAAUAUCACCUCACGGAGCAUCUUCGCGUCAACGGCAUCUACUGGGGCCUGACCGCCCUGCAUCUGCUCCAUCAUCCGAGCGCACUCCCGAGAGAUGGCUUACUGGAUUACGUCUUCAGCUGCAUUCACGACAACGGUGGCUUUGGCGCCGCUCCUGGGCACGAUCCACAUAUGCUGUAUACGGUAUCUGCAGUCCAGAUCUUGGCCAUGGUGGACGGUUUCGAUGAGCUCGAGAAGAGAUUGCCCGACGGAAAUCUCAAGGUCGCCAAAUUCAUCGCACACUUGCAGCAGCCCGAUGGCACUUUCGCUGGAGACCAAUGGGGCGAGACCGACACACGUUUCAUUUACUGCGCAAUGCUGGCGCUUUCUCUGCUGAAUAUGCUACCGCACCAGCGGCCCGAUCUGCCGCCUUUGAUGGACAUGCGUGCCGCGACUGACUACAUCAAGGCCUGCCACAAUUUUGAUGGCGGUUUUGGAGUGGCGCCCGGCGCUGAAUCCCACUCCGGGCAGGUCUACACAUGCGUUGGCGCACUUACCAUCGCAGGGGAAUUGGAUUCCUAUCUCGGCGAAGAAGGCAAGGAUCGACUGGGUGCGUGGCUGAGUGAACGUCAACUGCCCAGCGGUGGGCUGAAUGGUCGCCCCGAGAAGCUCGUCGACGUCUGUUAUAGCUGGUGGGUCCUGACAAGCCUGGCCAUGAUAGACAGGAUACACUGGAUCGACAAGCAGAAGCUCACGCAAUUCAUUCUGCAAUGCCAGGAUCCGGACCAGGGCGGAAUCGCUGACAGGCCCGGAGAUAUGGUGGACGUGUUUCACACGGUCUUCGGUAUCACAGGCCUUAGCCUGCUGCGUCACCCUGGCGUUGGUGAAGUGGAUCCAGCUUAGUAAGUUUGACUCUGUCCCUCUUUUGGUGGGAAACAAACUCAUUAACCUUGGCUCCUCAGUUGCAUGCCAAAACAAAUCACCAACAAAGUUCUACGGCGAAACGUCUGA